GGUUAUUAUCCGAUUCCUGAAAAUUUUUGGAUAAAUUCUGAAAUAUUGAGAUCACAAAUGAACACAUCAUCUUUGAUUCGUCGGACGGCGAUACCAACGAUUUAUUAUUGGAAAGAUAACGAUUUCGGUGCAUUCGAAGUACCAUCAUAUUUACCACGUGAUAGUUAUGUGGUUUCGGAUUGCAAUAUGACUAGGGAGUUACAGUGCCAGAAGCCAGGAACAAAGUGGCCUGUGUUUGUCAAGGAAAGUGGUGGAAAUCGGGAUAAAGAAUAUGGAGAAUCAUUUGGUUAUUUGAUUGCUGGAAAAAAGAAUGAAACUGAUAUGGAAGUUAGUCUUGUAAUCCUUCCGUACAACUAUCUCGCAUUGUUUAAAUUGUUAGGUCAAUUGAGGCCUGAACAAACAUUAGAUUGGAAAGGCUCUUUUGAAGCUUAUCGGAAAACUUUACCUUGGUACUAUUUACAGCCACUAUAUAAAGCUUUCGUCGCAUGCAACCUUGAUAGGACUGUCGAUAUUAGUCUUUUUACUAAACCAAAAACAGAUGGUCUUGAUUCGUUAUUGAAUCAAAUCGUACAACAAUCUGCAAAUCCGAAAUUGGAUGAAAUGAGAAAAGAAAUUGUGGCAAAUCGUUGGAGUGUAACAAGGACAAUACCAUUGCCAGAAACGAAUUAUGAUGUGACAUCUUUGCUAGACAUAACAUCCACAAUAAGACGUGAAUUUCGAGAAUCACUAAAUGCACCUAUUGAAACAGGUUGGUUUUAUAAAUUUGCGUUCACCCUUGUAAUUAUCAUAAUUUUUAAUAAUAGAACAUUUGUAGAUUCUGCAAACUCUGUUGGCACUGGGGAUAUGGGCAAUUUUAAUAAGGAGAUGAUCAAAGCGGUUAAAAAAGAUAAUUUUAGAAACCCAUUCGAAGAUAAUUCUGAUGCUAAAAAGAAAGAUGAUAAGCGAGCGUUUGGUAGUCCUUUCAAAAAUCCUAUUCAGAAACCACCAUACAAAUGGAGUCUGUCAAAAAUGCCACCAGGUUUUCGAGAAAGAUUACCUUCAGGGUUAAAGCCAAUUUCUUUUCAGGGAUUGCCAGAACUAGGAAUAAAUCCUUUCAUUAUUCUUCCUGGAAGACAACUAACGACUACAAUCGGACCAACAACUACAAAAAAUCGAUCUAUAAAAUUACCAAAGCAUCCGUUUGAUGUAAAUAAUUCAAAAAUACAAGGUCAUAAACCAACCAGUAGAUUAAAUUUCAAUUCAAAACCACUUACUCCACCAUUAACACCCACACAUGGAUCAUUUUCAUCAUUUUCUCCGGAUCCAUCGAGAAUGGACCUAGAUGAAAAUCAAGCACUUGACAUGGGAUCAAAUUUAUUAAAUGAUGGUGUUCAGAUUACUGAUAAUAAUAACUCUAGAUCACAAAUGUUGGUAACAGACGAUAGUUCAUUAGAAAUGAAAUCUGUUCCAUUAAAUACUUCAGAAACAAACACAUCAAUGACGAGUAAAUCACUUCCAAGUAGUUCCGAAUUAGAUGUACUCGCUUCGUUGAAAAAUCAAAAAACAAAUCAUUUAUCUAAUAAUUUAGAAAUAUUAAAUUCAACCAAAGUAAAUUCUAAGAAUUCUAUUGUUGAUAAUAAUAUGAAUAAUCUACAGGGAGCUAUCUCAAUUGAAACGGAACCUAGUAAGUUAAAUAAGAUAGAUCAAGGCGAUAAACGUAUUCGAACUAUAAAGAGAAUAUUAAGACCUAGGCCGUUGAAAAAUUAUGAAAUAUUCGACCUUCAUUCUUCUGGUUUUGCAAUCCAUUUAAGACAGAAAAUUCAAGCUGGUUCACCAGUUUAUAAUGAACCUGAAAUCAUUGAUCAAUUGAGAGAAUUUGCCGAAUCAAAUAAUUACUCUCAGGAUUCUAAAAUUAGGUUUAUAAAAUCCAUUAAAGAGUUUGUUAAAGCUUCACGGAAAACUAGUCUGUUACAGGAAGUCGAACGUAUUGUCAAUGAGCUAGAGAAUGGUUCGAGUGAUUUCACUGAUCGUCGUCCUAUUAAAAAAGUUAUAGACAAUAUGGUAAAAAAAGAUGAUGAUUAUAAUUAUAAUUUAUUAUACGGAUGA